AUGAAUGACGAGGAGGCCCCUUUAAUUGGGCAGGAGGUCCAAACAUUUGGCGCUAUUCCUAUAGGAACCGUUUCUAAAGUGCGAAAUAAGAUCAGGGCCCACAGAGUGAAAACCCUGGUAUCAGCAACCGGAAUAGUGUUAGGCUUGCUGGUGCUACUAAACUGUUUAUACCUCCUACGAAUCACCGACCAACUCUAUAUUCAAGCAGCGAGUUUUGAGCUUGACCAUGUUGUUGUGGAUCGGAACUCAUCAGAGUCGAUUUCCUGUACCGUCAAUGGUACUCUGGCGUUUGAUUACGAUCGCAUUAACAACAGAUACCACAGAAAAUGGGCACGGAUCCUACAACAUGUGCACACAGUGGAGGCUACGUUUGACCACGAUAUUGAGCUUUCGGCACUGAUACAAGAAGAUAAACUAUCCAUCUCGAAAACUCGAAUUAACAGUGCGUUAAAAGUUGAUUUGACAGCACCACAAAUCCUACAGAUAUCUAUUGACACCAUUCCAUUGGCCGGAGCUUCAGAACUUUUGAAUAGACUCAGCGUGGAGCCCCAGUUUAUUAGAUUUGCCGCCAAGGUGCCUGCCAGUGUCAAAGUUGGCAGAUUCUGGUCCGGAAAACAUACGCUGCAAUCCCAUUUUGACGUGGAAUUGGACGGAAACCAGUUCAUUCAGGAAUUUUUAGCCGGGAUCGAUUUUAAUGAUUUUGCAUUCACCCUGGAUGGGGACCAGGUUACUGGAAACGGAACAAUUACGCUGCCGGAUCUCAAGUGGGUCGAUUACCAAUCAGACGCAUUCAGCUGGACCAUUUUGCUUCCUGCUUGCAGCAAAGCAGUCGCUGUUGCCAAGUUAGAGAUCGACCAGUUCACUACAAACUCCGGGGAAGUGACUGUGCAUUUCAGGAUCCCUUCUAUUGAUCCUGACUUGAAAGAAGAUUGUGGAGAUGGCUCCACGAUCGAGAACGUGGCAAAGACCAUUUUGUCAGACGCUCCAGUGCGGCUCGUAUUCCGAGGUGAUGAACUGGACAAGCAGCCCAAGUGGAUGAAUGACUUCUUCAAGACUUUGGAAUUCCAUGCGAGUGUGCGCUUGAGCCAAUUUGGGAUCCCAGGAGGCGGCUUAGGCACGAUGGGAGUUGACUCCUUGGCCAUGGACGUGACAGAUGACGACUCACUAAUAAUCGAUAGCAGCUUGCAUAUUGGGCUUGAUCUACCAAACAACAUACUUAUAAAGAACAUCAAUGUCCCUCUAAUUAAGGGGGUCGUCGAGCUUGGACAGUCAUGGGGGUCGCUGGAAAUGGAUCACUGGCAAAUCGCCGAUAUAAACUAUGACACAAUGCAGGUGAAUGUUUUGCUGGAUAACACCGCAUUCAAGAUCCGAGACCCUGUUGCCAUGGCGAAGAUCGCAAACGACUUCAUUGCAGGUAAGAACAUCAGUGUUCCAAUCAACUCGACAAUCGACAUUGAAGUGGAUUCGGAUUUCUUACAGGGCACAUUCACCGGGUUGCCUGCAAAUCUCACAUACAAUGCUACAGGAACGCCGGUCGAUUCACUGUACGGAAACUUGCAAAUUCGGUUGGACGAUGUGCAGCUUUUGAAGUCAACGAGCGCCAAGUGCGAAAUCUUAGUGUCUGCCGGAAUUACCAGCGACGUGAAUUUUGAUAGCGACAUCGAGGGACUCAAGUUUGAUCUACUAUUUAACGGAUCAAACGUCGGUAGCAUUGAGCCUGGCCCUGUGCAUCUGACUCCCGGAAUGUUCUUCAACACGAGCUCGAAAUUGACCUUGGACCCGGUGGAUAGCCUGGUCAAGCUCAAACUCGAGCACAUGCUCGAAAGCUACCUGUCAGGAUAUUAUCCCGAGAUCGAAGUCACCGGAAACAGGAACUCCCGACUGGGGAAGCUAUUAUCUAAUGUUCAUGUGCCGAUGCAAUUACCCAAGGUUUCACGUCAAUCUAACACCCCCGCCAUCCUGUCACACGACAGUAUUUUCCUGGUGGAUUCCACGAUGCAUUUAAUGUCGUCGGAGAUCGAGCUGACGGUGUUCAACCCGGUGAGCAACAGCGACGUGGUGGUCGACCUGAUCGAAGCGCAGGCCAGCCACGAAGAUACAACUCUGGCGUACAUCAGCAAGGAGCACCGAAUAGUGAUACCACCCGGUUUGUACACCACCCCGCGAAUCCCUGUCACUUACGUAACCAAGGGAAUUGGGGCCGAUAUUCUACGGAAAGCACUUAACGGGAAGUUGGACAUUGACACAAUCGCCAUGCUGCGGGUGCAUUUGGGCGAGUUCGAGGUCGAGAUCCUGUACACUGGAAGCGGGACGUCAACCAAGAUCCGGUUUUAG